AUGCGGCGCCUUGGUCUCACUCCUAAGGCGGGUGACCAGUUCCGUGUCACGGUGGCUGUCGGCUCCUCCGACCCUCAGCUGCCGAUCGGCACCGAGAGCGCCCCACCUCGCCCCCCGACGGGUGAUCCUGCCCCGUCGUCGCCAAAACAAGCCGAGGCGCCUCGGCCCCAAGGGCAGGAAGGAGCCCCCGAGCCUCCCCGAUCGGUGGUCGAGGGGGACCCCAUUACCAUUAAUGAUGGUUCUGGCGGCAACGGGACCUCGAGGGACGCCCAUCCUAUGGACGAGGAGGCCCAGACUUCUCUUGUCGCAGGACGGACGCCCUGGCCCGUCGGGCUUCGCUCCAUCGAGGAGCAGAAGAGGAAAGAAGAGGAGGAGCGUGAGCAGGAGACGCGGCGGCAGCUGCAGGAGUAG